AUGGCUCAACAAAAACCAAUCACAAUGGCUGCAUUGGGACGUCCAUUUUAUUUGGGAAUGCUCUAUGAUGCUCGCACUGAUAAGAUAAUCACCGGUGCUACUCUAUGGGAUCCUGAAAACCUGGCUAAUAAUACGAAUACACGUACUCAACCGUAUACUGGCUAUGAAGUAAUUACUGAAGAUUCAUUACAGAAGAAGGCAUAUGCUUUAGGAGUCGAAGCUAGUUUAAAGCUAAGUAUGCACAGUGGUCUAAUCAGUAUGUCAGGCUCAGCAAAAUUUGCUGAGGAUUAUCAAAAAACAACUCAUGAAACCCGAAUGACACUGAAAUAUUCCACAACUACACAUUUCGAACAAUUGACAAUGAAACAUCUUGGUAAAGGUAAUCUAGAUCAUCCAGAUUUGCAUGACUUAGACCUUGCAACACACGUCGUUACUGGAGUUCUUUACGGUGCCGAAGCUUUCUUUGUAUUCGAUCGAACAAUAUCAGCUGGAGAAUCGAAAAAAGAAAUUAGUGGUACGUUACAUGUGAUGAUUAAAAAAAUUCCAGGAUUUCAAAUCGAUGGGAAAGCCAAAUUAAAUAUGAGUGAAAAUGAGAAAUAUUUCGUUGAUAAGAUGAAUUGCAAAUUUUAUGGUGAUUUUCGUGUGAGUGAAAAUCCCAGCACCUUUGAGGAAGCUGUCAGAAUUUAUCGUCAGUUACCAUCGCUUUUGGGUGAAAAAAAUGAGAAUGCUGUACCAAAAAAGGUAUGGCUUUAUCCCUUAAACUUAUUAGAUAAUAAAGCAAUGAGGUUCGUUCGAGAGAUUUCAUCAAAGUUGGUUGAUUACUCAAUAUCGGUGAUUGAAAAUCUCCAUUCGAUGGAAGUGAAAGCAUUGGAUUUGUCAAAGAGUACAUUAUUUACAUAUUUUACUUAUAUGAAUGAACAUUUAUCAGAUUUUGCCGCACGAUUAUCGGAAUUCGAACGUGACUUGAAAGAAAAAAUCGCAUUGUAUCUUCCGAAAAUACGUGGAAGUACUGGUGUUGAAGAAUCUGUUUUAUUUAAUGUGUUUAAACAAAUUGAUGUAUCGCCAUUUAAUAAGAACAAAUUAGAAUCAUGGCUAAGAGAAAAACAACAAGAAAUCACAUUAAUUACGACGUGGAUCGAAAAUCUCGCUAAAAACGUCAGUUCAAAUAUUAUUAUAAAGUCUUCAUCACUAGAUGAAGUCAUCAGUGACACUAGAUAUGAAUACAUCUUCUGUCUGUCAUUUCGUUUCGUUGAAGAAAAUGAUCCUCAACUUGUGGAUAUGCAUAAUUAUCAAUACGAUAAGACCAAGUUUAAUUCAUCCAAGAGUCUACUAAAACGCAAAACAUGGUUUACAGAUCGUCAUAUGAUGGCUAAAAUUCGCAAAAAUUUACGAAACUUUAUAGAAUUCGUCGAGGGAAAUAAGCAUGAAAAUGAAAAAAUCAAAUUUAUCGUUGAUGAAGGAUAUGCAGUUAAUAAUGUUAAGAGCGCUGAACUUAUUCUCUAUGAAGAUGGGUUAGAAAAACAAGGUUUUAUCAUACCUAGCAAGCCAGAUGCACCAUAUUCGAAGUCUGUUACAGAUAAUAGUAUAAUACUCCGGUGGACAGAUAAAGCUAGUGGAAGUGAAAAAGUAAAGAACUACAAAGUUUUGUAUCGAAAGUACAAGAAUAAAACAUUGAGUGAUAAUGAUGAAAAUGAGAAACAGGAAAAAUGGACUGAAAUUUACACAAAGUCUAACCAGAAAGAGAUAAUUAUUUGGAAUCUGCCAUCGAAAACGUCAUUUGAAUUCAAAGUACAAUCUGUAACUGCAAUCGGACUUAGUGCAAUCAGUGGUCUUAGCGAACCGAUAGAAACACUGGCAAAAAAAGGUGGUAAGAUGACUUGCUAUUUUCUUUCUUUGUUAUAA